GCUUAGCUGGGAGAGUACUCUAAUUUUCUCUUGUGGUUGUUUUAAACUUUACUUCAUCGAAAAUAAAUAAUUAAAAUUAUUGUUUCGUGUUCAGGUUCCUCCAGUUGAUCCUAUUUUAAAACCACACAUACAUGGCGUCUAAAACUUUGUUGGGAGUAAAAACUCCGAUUACGGAGUUACAGGAACUGUGCGUUGCUCAACGCGCGGUACAUCCAAUUUAUGAAUACACCGGUGAGGAGUCGGACAAUGCAUUGCAAAAUGCAAGGAUUUUUACCACAACGGUAACUGCUCUGGGACACUCCUGCAAAGGAUUGGGACGUUCCAAGAAGGAUUCGAAGCAUGACGCCGCUUUGAGGUUACUGAAAGAGCUGGCCAAACAAGGUAAUGCAGCCGUGGAUGUCGAAGAUGACGAUCAGCAUUAUUUAUCGAUUCUGUCGUCAGACAAAGUAACGGAAGUACGUGAUAUUUGCGUGCAAAGAAAUUUUCCAGUGCCUGAAUUCGAUUGCGUACGUAGCUCCGGACCGUCUCAUGCCCCCGAGUUUGAAUUUGAAUGUCGUAUCGGAAAAAUUGUACGCAGAGGAGUUCACAAAACAAAAAAAGGAGCCAAACAGGCAGCAUGUAACGAAAUGAUUAAAACUUUACAAGCGAUGCCAGUAGAUGAUCAUGAAAUGCAAAUACAAACAUUGGAUAAAGAAGUAGAGAUGGCUAUGGAUGAAGAUGAACGUAUCAUUCGCACCUACCGUGAAUAUAAAAAAUCGGACAUCAAGAAGAAACUUGGUGUGAAGAUCAGCGAUCGCCAUCGAUAUUUUGAGGAAAUGGAGCGGCACAAGAUUGAUGCAGCCCGGCGCAUUGCGGCAGAUGAAAUAAUGACGACUCGUGAUAAGAGCACUUUGAUUCCGAAGGCGCUGGGACUGAAGUUUGAUAUAAAACUUGAAGACAGUAUUCUACAAAACGAAAAUGGGCAAAAGCUGUACUCAUUUGAAUUGCUGAACAGUGAAUACGAUUGCUACAUAUUUGGGCGGGACAACGAGUUCUUCGAUAACAUCUACAAUUACUUUAAAAACAUGCUAAAUUUCGAUUAUAUAUGAACCAUGGACUGGAAUCGGCACCCAUAUAGAAAAACUCAUAUUUGAGACACUAUAUUAUUCAGAAGUCAUUCAAGUCAUUGAAAUGUAAUAUUACUGAUGUUUCCAAUAGGUUAUAUAGAUUACAAAAUCUACUAUUUUUAA